AUGCACAUACCAAACCCCGAAACCCCAAUGGAAGACAAACUAGAACAUAUUAAGAAGGAAGUGAUACCGCAAGAGAUUAUGUCCCCUCCAUUGGCUCCACAAAUUGAAGAUGGAAAUGAUUCUGUUUCCACAAAACCGCGAUCACCAAAAUCAUCCUCGAUAGGUCCCGUGCAACGGACUGGGCGAUGGACUCCUGAUGAAAAAAUACUUUUUCUCUAUGGCCUCAAGAGAUUCGGAAAGGGACGAUGGAAAAAGAUGAGCAUAUACCUGCCUCAUCGAUCACUAGUUCAAAUCAAAAGCCACGCCCAAAAGGUACUGAAACGAUUGGAAGCUGGAGAGAAUGUAUUUCGUCGAUUGGAGGAAAAUUACGGCAUAGUGGAUAGCCUGAUUGUGCAAGCGGCGAAGCAGCGAGAUUCCUUGGCACUACCCUCGGAUCCAAAGAGCUUAUCAGCAGCGAAACGCAAGCGUCAAACCAAUAAAGAAGAACGCAUCGAUCCUAACUAUCCAACUCAACAAUUACCACCCAAUCCUGAAAACCCUUCCGAGGGACGGGGCGCUGUGAUUGCGGCGGCCGCUCUUUGCCAACUGUCCUCCUUUGGUAAUGCUAAUUGGGAGCAACAGCAGCAACAACAGCAGCAACAGCAGGCGUGA